CAUUGCGGACGUGAGAACUCAACAUCGUCGUCACGUCACCGUCAUCGUCGCCGCCGUCGUAUCAGUCGCAUCUUAUAUUGUCUUAUAAGCGAUGGAGUGCGAAUAAUCCUCGGCGACGAUGCUGCGUAAUGUCGAUCGCUCUUCUCCACAGUCGGUUACCAAUUACAGCUCGCGUCAAAGUCGAAUUAGUGCCCGCCAGGCACGGCCUCGCGGAACGUCGGCCGCGUCGUUUUUACCGUCGUCGCCGCCACUACUCCGCCGCGUAUGAUUCAUAAGGAUCGAGCUCAGAGUUGUCUUCAGGGACAAAAGCCAAAUUUUAUAUAUUCGGAGAUGCUGGAAGUUGGUUUGCGAGUUGUUCGUGGUCAAGAUUGGAAAUGGGACGAUCAAGAUGGUGGAGAGGGUCAUGCUGGGACAAUAGUGGAAAUCGGUAGACCUCCCUCUGCAGGGAACUCAACUUCUAGUCCAAAUCCCACCGAUCGGACACCAGACAAGACAGUCAUCGUUCAAUGGGAUCAUGGCGCUAGGAGUAAUUAUAGAAUCGGUUAUCAGGGUGCUUAUGAUUUGUUGGUGUUUGACAAUGCAGCCGCUGGCGUCAAGCACUCCAACAUCAUCUGCGACGGUUGCAAAAGACAUGGGAUAAUUGGUAUCAGGUGGAAGUGCACAGAGUGUUUUGACUACGAUCUCUGCACACAAUGUUACAUGGCCGACGUACAUGAGUUAACUCAUACUUUUGAGAGAUAUCAAACAACAAAUUCUGUAGGAGUUCGUCUAGAGCCAAGAGAAGGCUGCACAAAGAUACCUCUGAAAGGGAUCUUCAUAGGAGCAAAGGUCAUUCGCGGACCUGAUUGGGAAUGGGGAAAUCAGGAUGGUGGACGUGGGAAAACCGGCAGAGUCAUGGACAUACGUGGAUGGGACAACGAAAGCAGUCGAUCUGUCGCAACCGUUACAUGGUCCACGGGUAGCACUAAUGUCUAUCGAUUAGGUUUCAAAGGUUGCGUGGAUCUGUGUUACGUGGAGGAGGCUAAUGCUGGCAUUUACUACAAGGAACACCUUCCAUUACUCGGUCAACCGGUCUUGACUGUAUCGGAUAAUGGAAAUGGCACAACACCGACAAAGAGUGGUGUCACAGGCAUCACGUCUAGUCCUCAUCCUCUAAUGUUUAACGUCGGUGACAAGGUGAAAGUUUUAAUGGAAGUCGAUACGUUAAAGGAGAUGCAAGAUGGUCAUGGCGGAUGGAAUCCGCGUAUGGCCGAAUACAUAGGAAAGAUUGGCAUAGUACAUCGAAUUACGGAUAAGGGAGAUAUUCGUGUGCAGUACGAAGGCUGCCACAAUAGGUGGACUUUCCAUCCAGGUGCACUGACAAAAGUUACCGCCAAGGAUGGAUUUUCUCUUGGUGAUAUAGUCCGCGUGAAAAGCGAUCUAGCUGCCGUGAAACAAUAUCAACGUGGCCAUGGUGAAUGGAUAGACGUAAUGAAAAAUGCUCUAGGAAAGACUGGGAAGGUAAUUAAAAUCUAUUCCGAUGGCGACUUACGUGUGGCAUUGGACAUACAUGGUCAUACAUGGACAUUUAAUCCGUUAAGUGUUGUCCCGGUAUCUUCUGGCACAAAUGCUAUGGCUGCCACGCAUGAUAAUGUAAAUAAGAGUAGAGAUCAUUCGGUCGAUGGUACCGAUAGUGAAGUGGAAAAGCUAUUAAGGGAUGCGGCUAGAGGUGAAGCUGGAGUGGAUGCAGUACGAGAAUUCCUGAAGAAAUACCCUGGCAGAGUGGACGCGUGUGCUCCUGGCGGUGGCAGAAAAACGUGCUUGCAAGUGGCCGCUCACCAAGGUCAGCGUGAGCUCUGCACUCUUCUUCUGGACGCUGGUGCUUCUUUGCGUGCGGUUGAUGAGGACGGAGAUACGCCUUUGCAUUAUGCGGCAUUCGGAAAUCAGCCAGAGAUAAUGGAUCUAUUAUUAUCGCGAGGUGCAGCUAUCAACGCCGUUAAUAACGGCAGAUGUAGUGCUUUGCAUGUGGCAGUUAAUAAGCAGCAUGUGCAAUGCGUGAGAAUUCUAUUGCGUUAUCAUUGUGACGUCAACCUCCAAGACUCGUACGGCGAUACAGCGUUGCACGACGCGAUAGGAAAGGAUGCGCUAGAUGUGAUCGACGCGUUAUGCGCCUGCGAGAAGGUUGACUUCACGCUAAGGAACAAACGAGGUUUCAAUAUCUUGCAUCAUGCCGCACUCAAGGGCAAUGCUCAUGCAACGGAGAGGCUGGUUACGCGCGCGCGUCACUUGGUAGAUGUGAAAAAGGAAGAUGGAUUUGCAGCAUUGCAUCUAGCAGCGUUGAAUGGACACAAGGAAGUUGCGGCUAUCCUUCUCUCGCAGAAUGGUGGCCGCGCCAAAGUGGAUCUGUGCAACAAUCGGCGGCAAACGCCGUUGCAUUUAGCAACUUCGCAGGGACAUUGGUCGCUCGUUGAGUUGCUGGUGCAUCACAAUGCGGAUAUCGGCAGCACGGAUGAGGACGGCGACACUGUGUUACAUAUCGCGAUAGCAAAGAGCCCGAAUCAACAAACUGCUGUGCCUACACCCGAAAGUAGUCGGGAUUCACCACUUUUGUAUGCUAUCUGGCAGAACCUGGCAAGGCAAGGCGCAAAGACUGAAUUAGCAUUAGCUUGUUUUUUGGUAAGCGUGGACAGGAGUUGCAAACUUCUUGAACAAGUCAGAAACAACAAGGACAAGACGGCGCUUGAUCUUUUGGAAAGCAACCCACAGGCUGCCCUGCUCGCUGAUCUUUUACGCUCUUACAAAUACCAAAGUCAUAGCACGCAAUUAGAAAUAGAGAACAAUCCAUCGCCUGGUUACGUAGAGCCACCUGCGUACCGAAUAGAUAAUAUAUCGCAGUCGGAAGGAUUGCAUGUUGCGAAGAAGAAUAUAACCGGUUCUGGCGAUGCGGCAGAAUGUCGAGAUUGCUCGGGGAUCAUAGAAAACACAAAACAGGAGAAUCGAAUUGAUCCUAGCAGUAGCGUUACGCUUGUUGGGUGUGCACGUUGUGGCCAUACACAAACAAUUCCAGAUGGUCAGUUGGCGACAGGUGAAGUCUCUAUAGCCAAUUCGGAGGAUAAAUCGAAGGACUUAUCUUCAGAAGGCAAACGAAAAGAGGAGAUCGGUGACAAGGAAAAAGAGAAGGACAAAGAUCUAGAACGGCUACGUUAUUUGGAAACUAGAGUCGCGGAUCUCGAGGAGGCGAAUAUGUGUAGUAUCUGUAUGGAACGUCGUCGUAACGUCGCAUUUCUUUGCGGACAUGGCGCGUGUGAGCACUGUGCCGCUCCAUUGAAGACUUGUCACAUGUGCCGCAAGACGAUCACAAAAAAGAUUAAUUUAUAUUAGAAGUUCGAUCAAUCACCAUACGUUUAUAUCGGAACAUUGAUUUCCACGCGGUAUAUACAGCAUGUGUCACGAGAGGAAAAGUCGAUAUUAGUGAUAAUAAUAGUUAAAUAGUCCUUAAUGUCCAAAUUUAAACAAUUUAGAUUACGCAGCCAGAACGAGAGACAGAGGAAUUUCUUUAUUCGCUAUGUCGCACGAUUCCUUUCGAGACAUUCUGUUUGCCCAACAGAAAAUUUUGUCAUUCGCCAUGUCGGCGUAGGAAAAUGUUCAUCAAUUGAUCGUAACGACGCGUACGUUACGUUUCGUGCUGAUGAAAUUAAACUGCCAAAAUGUACAUUUUAUUUUCGCGUAUAAUACGAAAGGGAAAAAAAUGAAGCUCUCUUAUAUUGCAUUAACGUCGUGCCAUAGCGAGAUAGGUUUGCGCACAACACGAUAAUCGUGUUUGCCUGGACACGAGAUAUUUUGAUCUUUUGUUAUUUCUUUAUUUUUCUCGGCAAUUAGUUAAAUCGAUUAUAUUAAAAAUUAAUUAAUAUCAGUACCGAAGAGGGGGGGCGGGGGUGAUGUCUUGUGUCUUGACAAACACGCCCGACGUACGAUUAUAUGUACAUCGUUUACGCUUUCCUUCCUCAUGAAUCGGCGUUUUCGCCUGUGCUUUAUCCCGUCCAUUUUUUAUUCAUGUUUAAAGAGAGCGCGGAUGACGAGCACUGAAAGAGCGAACUUCUUAUCUUAACGUAGGAAACAUGCGCGAUCGUGUUUAUGCGUUUGUAUUAUAACAAUCACCAGAAGCUCGUAGAAACAUUCGUACAUAUCGCUACAUUAUUGCGAGAAGAAAAAAGAAUACUGUUUCCACGUGUUCGAAAAUUGUCCGAAUUCCUGUUGCUUCCACGCAGUAAAAGGGAAGG